CGCCGGGCUUCCGGAAGGGGCGGCGGGGCCGGGGGGCAGGGGCAGGGAUGCGCCCCACCGCACCCCUCGGCUCCCCGGGACUGGAGGCUAACCGCGGGGACCCGGCCUUAGACUGCGCGUGGAGGAAGCCGCCGUUGAGACCGUAAAGCCGGAUUCUGCAGAGCCUGCACCGGGACUGUAGGGACGCCCUGGGAGCUGGGCACGAUGGACACGCGCGGCCCCGCGCCGAGUUAGGGAGGGCUGGCAGGGGCCCCCGCCGGGGCCUCGGAACUGGGUGUCUCGGAUGCUGGCUGUGGCAGGGCGCGCUUUGCAGUGCUCCUUGGGAAGCGACAGGUGCGCGAUCUUGCUGCGGCUCUGCUGUCUGCCACGUAUGGCUGGGAUAGGGCUGCCAAGCUUGGUGGGCAGCAGACGCCACGCGUGGAUAUGUGUGAGCGUUUUAAGUGGUAAUCUACAUUUGUAAGUUAGGGUUUGCGUCAAAGUAAGACUAAUUUUGAAGUUUAAUAAAAUGCAAUAAGUUGGCUACCUUGAAAUUUUUGGCCUUUCUUUUCCCCUGGGAAAAAAAAACGCCUUUUUAUUAAAGCAAAAAAAAAGCUGGUAGUCUUGGUGACUGUUACAAAAGUCAACAUUAAGAAAGUAAGCAGACUUUUGCUGUUGCUCUGCAAGCCCCAGCCGCAGCGUUUCCAGUUCUGCUCACGCCCUUGCCCCAACAGCUGCACGCACGCGGCCUCCUCGGCAUCCUUGGUUGAAGGCAGAGCAGAGCGGCUCUCUGUAGCCUGGAGAGAAGCGUGGAUGUGCCGUCCCCCGUGACUCCUGGGAGUGCAGCUGGUGCCCGCUGUGCUGUCCCAGUGCGCCUGCUGCAACUGCACGUGUGUCACUGUUCCCAUGUCUGUGUGUCUCUCUAGCACGUAACACAGCACUUAUUUCCUCAGCCAAGGGGCUAGGGGCCAGCCUAGCCAAGAUUUUACCUCCAAUGGACGCAAGUUCCUUUGAUGAAGAUUGCUCCUGAGAGUUCGGGACUAGCAGAAAGAAGCGAGGAAAUUUGCACCGUUUGGUUCUUACGGAUAGGUAUUUAUGUAUUCGGUUUGUGUGAAUGUAAGCUGUGAUAUUUGACUUUACAGAAAACAAAGCUUUUGCAAAUGGCAUUGAAUGAUUGACCAGAUCAUACUAGAUGGUAAGAACGACCAAAGUGGACAGCUCUUACGCUAUUAAAAGCCUGAUUUGCCCUUCGUUCUAAGUCUUGUCAGACCGUAGAAAGGAGUUUGUGUUUUGUUAAGAUAACUUGAGCUUAGAAGUAGGUGAGACACAACUAGCCAAGUUAAAAAUAGCCAUGAGAAUGUUUGUAUUUGCUUUAAUAUUUCUGUUUCUUCGUUGGCCUGGUAAGUAUCCGUGCAAGCUGUGCCACACGCACCGUGCCCUGACGUGCACUUCCAGCCGCUGACCAGUGCGUUCGUAUUACAGAUAUGACGGGCGUGGUCACCUGCACGACCUCUCUGAGUACGACGCCGAGUAUGCCACGUGGAACAGAGAGCACCAGCUGUCGGAAGAGGAGGCGCGGGUAGAGGCCCUGUGUGAUGAAGAGAGAGGAAGAAUACAAGCGGUUGAGUGAGGCGCUAGCUGAGGAUGGGAGCUACAAUGCCGUGGGGUUCACUUACGGCAGUGACUAUUACGACCCGUCAGAGCCGACGGAGGAGGAGGAGCCUUCCAGACAGAGAGAAAAAAAUGAGGCAGAAAAUUUGGAGGAAAAUGAAGAACCUUUCAUUGCCCCUUUGGGAUUGAAUGUCCCAUCUGACGUGGAGCUGCCUCCGACAGCCAAGAUGCACGCCAUCAUCGAGCGCACCGCCAACUUUGUGUGCAGGCAAGGGGCACAGUUUGAGAUAAUGCUGAAAGCCAGGCAGGCACGGAACUCUCAGUUCGACUUUCUGCGCUUCGACCACUACCUCAACCCCUACUACAGAUUCAUCCAGAAGGCCAUGAAAGAGGGGCGCUACACAGUGCUGGCGGAGAGCAAGGGUGAAGAGGGGAAAAAAUCAGGCACGGACUCUGACAAUGAGGAGGAGGAUGACGGGGAAGAUGGGAGUUACCUGCACCCAUCCCUCUUUGCCUCUAGAAAGUGCGACCGCCUGGAGGAGCUGAUGAAGCCCCUGAAGGUGGUAGACCCAGAUCACCCCCUGGCAGCGCUGGUCCGCAAGGCACAGGCCGACAGCUCUGCCCCCGCCCCACACACGACAGAUGGCGCCGCUGGGCAGCCCUCCCAGGUGGAGUACACGACAGAUUCAACGGUGGCAGCCAUGUAUUACAGCUACUACAUGUUACCGGAUGGCACCUACUGUCUGGCCCCACCUCCCCCCGGGAUUGACGUGACCACUUACUACAGCACCCUUCCCGCCGGUGUGACCCUGUCCAGCUCCCCUGGAGUGACGACUACUGCCCCACCGCCUCCUGGGACCACACCUCCACCCCCUCCCAGCUCAGCCGACACGAGCAGCGGGCCAGCCUCCACCACCACCACCACCACCACCACCACCACCGCAGCUGCCACCUCCGUCUCCUCCACCUCCACCACAAGUGCACUUGCCCCCAUGGCUGCCAUCAUCCCCCCGCCCCCUGACAUCCAGCCUGUGAUCGACAAGCUGGCAGAGUACGUCGCUAGGAAUGGCCUGAAAUUUGAGACCAGUGUUCGUGCCAAGAAUGACCAGAGGUUCGAGUUCCUGCAGCCAUGGCACCAGUACAACGCCUACUAUGAGUUCAAGAAGCAGUUCUUCCUGCAGAAGGAAAGGAGCAGUGGUCCACAGGCUGUGUCAACACCAGAAGAGGCCCCUGCAGAACCUGCUGCUGAAAAGUCCCAUGAUGGCGGGGAGGACGGAACUCCAGAGGGCACGGUUGAUGUGGGAGGCAGAGGAAGCUCCUCCGGGAAGAGAGAAGUGCCACCUGGCAAAACCCUGGCUGACGGGAAACUGGUCAAAGCUUCAUUUGCUCCAAUAAGCUUUGCCAUCAAGGCCAAGGAGAAUGACCUCCUGCCCCUGGAGAAGAACCGAGUGAAGCUUGAUGAUGACAGCGACGAGGGCGAGGAGAGCCCCGAGGGUCCGGAGAGCUCGGCUAGUGCCACGCACCCGCAGCCAGCCGCCACCCCGCCACGUGUGAUCUCGGAGGAAAAGAAGCCCCAGCUGACCCAGGAGGAGCUGGAAGCAAAGCAAGCCAAACAAAAGCUGGAGGACCGGCUGGCCGCUGCUGCCCGGGAGAAGCUUGCCCAGGCUUCCAAGGAGUCAAAGGAGAAGCAGCUGCAGGCAGAGCGCAAGAGGAAGGCAGCUCUGUUCCUACAGACCUUGAAGAACCCCCUCCCCGAGGCAGACACCGGCAGGACCGAGGACAGUGCUGCCGGCAUGGAGGAAGCCAGUGCUGCGCCGAGUCCUCUCUUGGUGGGAGGCAGACCGCUCCCUGCGUUGGAUGCCGACAGCCCUGAGAGGCCUUCCAGCAGGAGCAGAGAUGCGCCAAGAGAAGAAGAGAGAGAAAAGAAAAAGAAAAAGCACAAAAAAAGGUCCCGAACAAGAUCACGUUCUCCCAAGGGCCACUCGUCAUCCAAGUCUGGGUCCAGGUCCCACUCGAAAGCGAAGCACUCUCUUCCCAGUGCCUAUCGGACGGUGCGGAGGUCGAGGUGGGUGUGCAGGUCUCGCUCCCGAUCUCCUCGCAGGAGAGUUCACUCCCCUGAGAGACGGCGAGAGGAACGGAGCAUCCCCACUGCCUACCGGAUGAGCAGCAGCCCCGGGGCCAGCAGGAAACGGACCCAUUCCAGGAGUCCCCAUGAGAAGAAGAAGAAGCGGAGGUCACGGUCACAGACCAAGUCGAAGGCCCGCUCGCCCUCGGGGUCGCCCAGGAGGCAGGCGGCACACCGGCCUGCAGCCCACGCCACCCACUCGGCCCACUCGGCCAGCAUCUCUCCUGUGGAGAGUCGUGGCUCCAGCCAGGAGCGCUCCAGGGGAGUCUCUCAGGAAAAGGACGGGCAGAUCUCCUCCGCCAUCGUGUCCUCGGUGCAGAGCAAGAUCACUCAGGAUCUCAUGGCCAAAGUAAGAGCAAUGCUUGCGGCUUCCAAAAAUGUGCAGACCAGUGCCUCCUGAGACAGCCACCCACCACAGGGGCCCAGACUGGCACAGCAAGCCUGGCACAGCAAGCGCAGGGGCCGUGGUGGGCCGCAGCCCCAGCCCACCGAGGUCACAGCAUGGGGAGGCUGAGGAGCUACAGGCUAUGCGGAGCACGUCAGACUCACACCUGGGACCCUGUGGACAGUGGGUGGUUUUUGUAAAUUAAUUUUUGAUGACAUUUUCAGUUUAAGACUUUUUGACCAGCAAUCUCUUACCUGUAUAUUUGUAAAUAAUAUCAUGUUUCUGUGAAAAUGUAUUAUCAAAUAAAAUGGGAGGAAACCACCUUUUCUAGCUAGAACCUUGGGGCAGCUUCUUCCUUCAUUGUUUGAGGGCUUUGUUCCCUCCCUUUGUCGUCCAUUCGAUGCAGCUGCGCGAUGCGGGAGCAGGUGUGGGGUCUGCCCAGGCAGGGCGUGCCCUCCCCACCCUGACUGCAGCCCCCACAUGCCAUGGGCUCCUGUGGGGUUUCUUGAUUGACCAAGUCAUGUGUCACUCAGGGCCCUAGCUGUUGAGGCCUCACCUCUUGGUACCCACAUGCUGGGCACAUAAGGUGCUGGUCCUGAUGUCAGAGGGCCCUGCUGGCUUGUCCGUCUGCUGCUGAGGCCCAGGACAGUCUCCUCAUCCCCGCUAUGUGGUGGUCCCUCUGCUCACUCAAGUCCUGCGCCCAGUCAGAGAUCACAGCUGGAGCCGAGUCUGGGGGACAGGUGUGGGGUGCUGCAGGUUAGAGCUCCCCACCCCCACACCCCUGCACACUGGUCAAGGGCCUGCUUCCUCUGACUGGGGAGGCAGCAGAUGGUGCGCCGUGUGGGAGACCUGGGUGGAGUUCCCAGUACAUGCACAUGCUCUCUCACUUAGCAAACAGUGCUAGUGAGGCAAGAAACCUGCCACCUUGGCCUCCUGGAGCUGAUGUGGGCAGGACGGUCAGGAGACCGUCCUGAGUGGCCUGGAGGUGCCCAGGUGGGGCGGGCGGGGCGGAGCCAGCCCUCCAGGCGCCCACAUCCCUGCAGGUACACUGCAAAAAGGUAUGCCUGCCACCAGAUGGCCUCUGCAUGCAGUGUCUGAGAUGAUGAUGUUGGCGCUCUCAGCACCUGCUCCCUCAAGGGACCUGUGGUUUCGGCUGGUACAGUGAAGACCCUGCAGGCACUGCCCCCGCGCAGCACCUGGAGAUGGAGGUGCCAGCUGGGAGGUGGCACACAGCUGCCAUCAUGGGGAGCUGCUGGACGCACCAUUCCACAUGGUUGCCAGCUGGAGGGGCUGCUGGGUGCACCGCCAUUUCCACACAGUUGCUGUCUGGGAGACUGCUUGGUGCACCCCGGUUUCCACAUGGCUGCCGUCUGGAGGGGCUGCUAGCCACCAGGAUUCGAGUGCCUUCUCAGGACUGUGGCGUCUUGGACGCCUUCAUCUUGGCUGAGUCAGAGACAUGAAAAGGUCUUAUUUUAAUUUGGUUUUUAAAGGUGAACAGCUUCAGAAAUGCAUCUGGGAUUCUUUUUCUCUGAAC